AUGUCGACAAUUGAUUCCCGCGAAUGGUGUAAAUUUUUUCCACUGGAUAUUACUACGGAAUCAGAUUCAACAUUAUUUCUUCAUCGCCUGUUUACUGUUACUCUAUCAGCACUAACAGCUAGACGACACAUUUUUUCGAAUGAUCAUUUUUCAUCAAAAAAACUAGGCUCACUAUUUGUUCCAUUAUUUACUCGACCAUCAACCAUGAUUGAACAACAGCGAUUUAAUUCAACAGUUUUCUCAUGGAUUCAAGGUGUGCAUCAAGCUUUGUCCAAAGGUUAUCUAAAAUUGGCUACGUUUUUUGUUAUUUCAAAAUUAGAUGAUUCAAUACUUGAAAUGUAUGAAUAUUAUUUUGCUUAUAAUAGUACUGGAAUCGAUAAUCAUAAUGAAAGUUUUUCAAGUACAACAUCAGUUGAUGAUAUACAACAACAAGUACUAAAAGCAUUAGAACAAAUCAAUCAAUUUGUCGAUGAACGUCUUCAAUCUAUUGAUAAUCGAUCGAAUUAUCGCUUCUGUGUUAAAAUUCAAUACAAUUCAUCAAUAACACCUGAUGAUUAUCAACCACCAGGCUUUGUUGAUUCAAAUGAAAUAGUUUCAGCAAUUAAUUGGAACAAAAUUUCAACAACUAAAAUAACUAGUUCAAGAAAAAUUUUAGCACAAAUUAAAACGGCACACCAUAAAAUGUUAUUAGUCUUUCGAACACCAUCUAUGAAUUUAUCUAUGAAAACAUAUUUGUAA